AGCUGAUCAGGGGGGCUCGUACCAGCUCACGCCUUUUCUUUUUGUCAAUUCAAUAAUUCAGAUCGACAGGACUGGAAGUCGCUUGGUGGCGAUGGGAGAUCAGUACCAGAGUCACCGGGAAGUGUUGUGUGACGUGUCGGCGAAAAGCAAGGGUCCGACGUUCUACCCUGCAGCAACGACGACAUCACAGCCCCGCCUGCCUCUUUCCAUCUUAUCUUUAACAAAACAAAACAAAACACCACACUCGUACUUCCAGGUCGUGGAACAGAACCUCACACGAAUUAGAUCAAAAUGGCCGAGAGGAAAGCACUCAUCACUGGCGCUACGGGGCUCCUAGGGCGACAGGUCUUGAAAGCCUUCGAGAGCAGGGACUGGACCGCCAGGGGCACGGGAUGGUCCCGGGCAGACGGCGCAACAAUCCUCAAGGUUGACUUGGCCUCGACUGAAGAGGUUGAGAAAGCCCUUGACAAUUCCAGGCCUCAGGUAGUCGUGCACUCGGCCGCGAACCGCUUCCCGGACAAGGUCGACAAGGACCCCGAGGGAACACGGAAGCUCAACGUCGAGGCUACUCGCCACCUGGCGAAGCUUUGUGCAGAGCGUGAUAUAUUCUUGAUCUACAUUUCCACAGACUAUGUGUUCUCUGGCAAGCCUGGCGAUGCCCCGUACCAGGCAGAUGCCGCCACCGGUCCUACCACACUCUAUGGACAGACCAAACUUGACGGCGAACACGCGGCCUUGGAGGAAUUCACGGCCGCCGGCAAGGACGGUCUGUGUGUCGUCUUGAGGGUACCAGUGCUAUAUGGCGACGCCGAUAUGCCAAACGAGAGUGCGGUCAACGUCCUGAUGGAUGCCGUAUGGAGAGCUCAGAAAGGAGAGAAGAUUCAGAUGGAUCACUGGGCUCUCCGCUACCCUACUAACACCGAGGAUGUCGGAAGGGUCUGCCACGAUGUUGCUGUCAAGUACCGUGCAGCCUCCGAGAGCGAGCGAGCCGGCUUGCCCAAGAUCCUGCAGUUUUCCAGCGAGGACAAGUACACCAAGUACGAAAUCUGUCAGCUAUUUGGUGAGAUAAUGGGCUUGAACAUCGAUGGCAUCGAGCCCAACACCCAGGGCAAUGAUCCUAAUUCCAGCGUACAAAGACCUUUUGACUGUCACCUGAGCACCAAGGCCUUGAAGGACAUCGGAAUUGAUGUUUCAACACAAGACUUCACCGGCUGGUGGAGACGUGAGGUCCGCGCCUUCAGAAGAUAACGAACCGGACCAGCCCUUCCGGCGCUCUCACGUCACGACGGGCCAACGGCUGCCGUCUACGAGGUAAUGGGGAUGCGGAAUUUGAAUUGUAACAUUGAGCUUGGCGUUCACCUGAGUGUGACUUUAGUAGGACUACCAUCUGUGUACGUAUCCGCUGGGCUCCCCAAAACCUCGUCCUCUACCCGCUUUCCACGUGGAUCAAUGGUCUCACGGGUCCUCACAAGAGCAUUGGGGCAUCCUAAUGGACCGUGUUUGUCGCGUCGUCAAUAGCAAUUAUAUACGGCCCUUGGUCCACUGGCCUUAUAUAUCUGGAUGACAGCACUCAGAGCAAGCACACCUAGGCGUGAAUCUCAAGUGCGAUUAGGACUUACGCGUCGAUCAACAGGAAAGAGAAAACAUGAAUGUGCAUCAGAUUCAGGCUUCAUGAGAAGCCACCGAUGUUACAGACUACGUCCUGGCAAGACGAUAGCCCAAUGAAAUUUUAUCGCUACAAA